GUGCGGGAGCCCUUUGUUGAGGGCAGAGAGAAGAACCCUGAGCGCUUCACAAGGAAGCACCGCGCUCCUUUUCUGCGGUACCUUUCAGAUCUGCAGAAGCAAGAGGAGCGCGGGGAGCUGCUGCAGCCGCUGAUCUUCGUCUCGCUGGUUUUGUGCUCGGUCCUGCUGUACUUCAAGGUGUCUCUCAUGGAUCCGGGUUUUGUUAAGGCUGAAGAGGAAGAGAAGGCAGCCAAAAGUGAAGAACAAAGUACAGUGAUACCCCUGGUUCCAAGUAAUGUUAAGCUGCGACGUUGUGGUUACUGCAUGGUGAAGCAGCCGAUGCGAGCCAGGCACUGCCAGCUGUGCCAGCACUGCGUGCGCCGCUAUGACCAUCACUGUCCCUGGAUUGAGAACUGCAUAGGAGAAAAGAAUCACCCCUUCUUCAUAGUCUACCUGAGCGUGCAGCUUGUCGUGCUGCUGUGGGGAGGGCAGGUUGCUUGGUCAGGCCUCUACUUUGAACAGUCCUGGGAGUGGCUGAAUCACAACAUUUUCCUCCUCACAUCCUUUCUCUUGAUAGUCAUAUUCACCAUUGUUGUCCUGCUGCUGCUGAUUUCACACCUCUAUCUGAUCUCAUGCAACACCACCACCUGGGAAUUCAUGUCACAUCAUCGCAUCUCCUACCUGCGACACUCCGAGUUGGAGAAUCCCUUUGACCAAGGGGUAAUCCUCAAUCUCUGGAGAUUCUUCUGUUCGUGCCACCUCACUGCAUGGGAGAAAAUGUAUUUUCACAGGAACAAUGAGCCUGUCUAGUCACAGCAGCACCUACCUGGUAGAGCGCCAACACAGCUGUUGGGUAAAGCUUUGC